GGUGAAACAUCUGCUUCUUGUUUUAAUUCCUUUAUUUGUAUGCUUUCAGAUUGAAGACAUCAAAUGGAAUCGAUGAUGGUGAUCGAGAAGGAAGGAAGUUGUUGUUGUUGUUCUCGAUGUUGUCUUCGUUGCGAAUCCCGAUGACGAUGGUCGAGUGCAGAAUUUGAUUGGUUCCGAUUGUGUUGGUGCAAGGUGGGACCUUUUUUUCCGGCAAUUUCCUCCGAUUUGUGCGAGGAAACUGUGCAGAUGUGCUGCUGUUGCUGCUGCUGCCUGCUGCCCGAUGGAACGAGCAGUCACUUUUGAUCAGCAGUUAUUCGCCACUCUUCUGAUUGAUUUACUAUUGGAAUUGAUCGUGUUUCCAAUUGGAUUGAUUCCUGCUGAGCUGUGAUUUGCGAAAGGAAAGCAGAGCGAUGGGUAAACUAGAGUUAAAUCAGACGCUGGGCAAGCACACGGGGCGCGUGUGGAACGUCGCGUGGCACCCGAAAGGCGAGGUGUUCGCAUCCUGCGGCGAAGACAAGACCAUCAGAUUGUGGUCGAAAGAGUUUGGCAAAUGGUCGAACAAGGUGAUACUUGCCGAUGGACACAAGAGAACUAUCAGAGAGAUCGCUUGGUCUCCUUGCGGAAACUAUAUAGCGUCGGCUAGUUUCGAUGCGACGACUUCGAUUUGGGAUAAGAAGUCCGGGCAGUUUGAGUGCAACACGACUUUGGAGGGGCACGAGAACGAGGUGAAGAGCGUCGCCUGGUCGCAGUCGGGGCAACUGCUGGCGACGUGCAGUCGGGAUAAAUCUGUGUGGGUUUGGGAUGUGGCUGAGGAGGAUGAGUAUGAGUGCGCUGCAGUUUUGAACGCUCAUUCGCAAGAUGUGAAGAAGGUCACAUUUCAUCCCAACAAGAAUUUAUUGGCUUCCGCUUCUUAUGAUAACACUGUUAAGAUAUUUAAGGAGGAUCCUUCUGAUAACGAUUGGAUUUGCGUGUCGACGUUGAGCUCGCACGAAUCGACUGUCUGGUCUUUGGCUUUCGAUAAGACGGGCAGCAGGCUGGCUACUUGCAGCGACGAUAAGACUGUGAAGAUAUGGCAGGAGUAUGCUGCUGGUAACAAGGAGGGAAUUCCUACUGGUGAUGAGGAGAGCGUUUGGAAAUGCGUUUGCACUUUAAGCGGGUACCACACGAGGACGGUGUACGAUAUCUCGUGGUGCAGGAAAACCGGACUGAUUGCGACGGCCUGCGGGGACGACGUGAUAAGGGUGUUCAAGGAGGAGGAGAAUUCCGAUCCGAACGCCCCCAAUUUCGCGAUGGUCACGUGCAUCGAAAAGUCGCAUCAGCAGGACGUGAAUUGCGUCGCGUGGAGCCCGAACGGCGACAUUCUGAUAAGCUGCAGCGAUGACGGCGAAAUCAAAGUGUGGAAGUACACUGAAUGAUUUCGCACUUUUCGCCAACUUUUUAUUACUGUUUAUUA